AUGCCUGAAGUUCGCCUCCGAUCCCACAAGGUCGCGAUAGUAGGCCGGCCCAACCUCCAGCACCUUCACACUGUCAAGAAGUUCCCUACGCGCCUACCGGUAGAGCACAUACUCCCACAGAGCAUGGUAUGCGUCCUCUACUUCUCCUUCCCCACAGUAGCACGACCCCACCUCCGCGAGCUUCAAACACCUAUAAACAAUAGCCUGAGGUUGUGCGAUGAGGCGGCUGACGAAGAGGAGGGGAUGGAUGAACCCAGCGCCGCCAAGCGACCCUCCGUGCUAACUAUAGACCGGGCGGCGUUCCUUCUCUUGAGAGUCAAACGAGCUUUUAAGAAGAAGAGGCAGCAGCGAAAAGAGAGACAUGCGGCGGCGGCAGCGGCGGCGGCGGCGGAGGCGUUGGGCGGCGGCGGGCGGCGCGCCCCGCCCCCGCUGCUGCGCUCGCGCACGCUGCCCGCCAUCAUAGCGCCCGGUUUCUCCAUUCUGCACGCGCAGAUCGACCCGCAGCGUAGUAAUGGUGAGUGA